AUCAUCAUAAUUAGAUCACAAUCACAGCUCUCUUAAACCACCCACCACCCUUUUUCUUCCUAUAUUCACCACUUUUAGACCAACAAACAAAAAGGAAAUUCUCUUGAGCUUCUGCCAAAAAAAAAAAACCCCUAACCCCACUAAAAGGCCCCUUUUCACCAAAGCUAUCACCUUUUGUUAUAGAAAAAUGGAGCUAAUCGACGCUAAAACCACCCCAUGCGCACAAUCCGAGUCUUCAUCCGAGACACACCCCACCAACGACGACGCCAAGACCAAGUCUUUAUCGCUCCUCGUUCCUCAGCGCCACCACCCAAUGGUUGUUUCCUACAGAGAGUGCCUCAAAAACCAUGCUGCUAGCUUGGGUGGACAUGCCCUUGAUGGUUGCGGUGAGUUCAUGCCUAGUCCUACUGACCUCAAAUGUGCAGCCUGUGGUUGCCACCGCAACUUCCACCGCCGUGACCCUUAUGACGGUCCUGCUUUCAUCCGCCACCUGCCACCGCCACCGCCAAAUGAUCAUCCUAGCUCAAGUCCAAGCCCAACGAACAGCACCAGUCCUAGCCCAACCCAUACCCCACCCUCUCCUGUCCCCUACUCUUACUACUCUUCUGCACCCCACAUGCUGCUGGCCUUGAGCACCGGCUACACGGGGCCGUUGGAUGAGUACAACCACUCUAAUCCCAGGGUCGGAGUGACAGACAAAAACAACAGCAGCAGCAACACGAGUAGGAAAAAGAGGUCAAGGACAAAGUUCAGCAAGGAACAGAAAGAAAAGAUGCAUGCUUUUGCAGACAGGGUGGGUUGGAGGAUGCCGAGGGGAUCAGAAGAAAAGCUGCUAAAAGAGUUCUGCAAUGAAGUAGGAGUCGAGAGAGGAGUUCUCAAGGUCUGGAUGCACAACAACAAGAACACUUUUGGCAAGAAAGACAUAUUAACAGUCGGUAAUCUCAAUCUCCAUAGCAACAACAAUGAAGAUGAUAAUGGAACUGGCAAUGGCAAUGCUGGAAAUAGCUUAGAUUCCAAUGUUGACACCCACAACAAUGAGUAUUGUAUUCAGCUUCAUGUUACUAACAAUGGGCCUUCUUCUGCAUCUUAAUUUAACUGCAGAAUUUUAUAGAAAUCAACGAGCUUUAGUUGGGUGUUCUUGUUGCUGUUCCUUUCCUUCUUAUUCCUUGAUCCUAUAUUAAUGAAAGAGGAUAUGACUUGUGAGGA